AUGGCUUGCGGAUCCGGAUGCUGUGGUCCCUCCAAGGACCAAUCCGUCGAUUCCAAUACUGGGCCCUCACCGACUCCAACUGAAACGCCGGCUGAAAUCGAGAUUGAUAGCUGUUGUGACGACGCGGGUUCUUGCGCUGAGCCAGUCGAGGCGGAUGACAGUCUCCAAGCUGACCAAUCCUUGACUGACAAAAACCGCGAUAAUGACGAUGAUUGCCAAAAGGGCUGCUGCUCCUCGACCCCGGCUUCUGAAGCCGCCCAACUUGGAUCCAGCCAGGCAGUCGUCAAAGACUGCUGUGGCCCGCCCGAAGAAGAUGUUGUCACUUGCGCAAAGCCCUGUUGUGGCUCGGCGGAUGAGACAACCAUGGAUACCACCGCCUCAAAGCCCAACAACGUUGAAGUGACAGCCGAUGACGACAAGAAAGGAUGUUGCAGCGCUCAGGAGGAGGUCGUCGUCGACAGCUGCUGCCCCCCCGAGCCCAAAUCUGAGGACGAUUACUCCCAAGCAUGUUGUGGCCCAAACACUGAUGCCAAAGCAAUGGAUGUCUGCGGGCCCCAGCCCACUGAUGUCACGGAUGACUGUUGCGCGCCGAGACUUCCAGUUGCGGUUGCCUGCAACGAGGGCUGCUGUGACACAAAAGCCGAGCCAAGGAAGAAAAAAGACUCGACCAUCAAACGAGACAUCGGCGCUGAUUUCUGUACUCCGCAGCCCCAGCCAACUGAUGACUGUAGCAAAGGAUGCUGCUCGUCUUCGCCGUCUAACCAGGAGGUAAAGGUAACAGAGGACAAGGCACCCAGCUGUUGCGAGGGCAAGACAUCCCCUUGUUGCGACUCAACCUGCAUUGACCGACUCGCACUUCGCGAAUGCACCGCCAAGAAGUCUUUCGCAUCGCGCCGCUCGUCCAAAGCGACCGCUAGCGAUAACAGCUGUACAGGCGGCGAGAACGGCAAGCCAUGCCGUGAUCACGCCCGCACCGUCCGCAGGACUUACCAGGCCAAGCUUGAAGCCUUGGGCUGCAUCUGCCGGGCUCUGCUGGCCCUUGGACAAGAGUCUUGCUGUGCUCCUCGUGAACGACCCGUUCAGAAGCGCUCUUCCAUCAGGUCGUCUCGCUCUCGCGUCUCUAUCGAUUCAUGCUGCGUUAAAGGAGCACCAGUUACUGCCUGCGGCUCGACUGGACGCUCUGGCGACAAGAAAGCGUCCCGCUCCGCUGGCUAUGGAGUCAAGGGCGACGGUUGUUCCAAGGGAUGUUGUGCAAAGCCAAAGGCCCCAAGCGUUGCGGGUUCUUGUGCCGACUCCUGCUGCGAUGCGACUGAAGCCACAGAUGCCAUCGUAGAGACAUCCAAGCGAGUGGUCGGCGACGUGACCAACGACGUGACCAACGACGUCGAACGGGGGCUCUCCGGAAAGGAACAUGUCGUUCUCAGCAUCUCCGGCAUGACUUGUACGGGCUGCGAGACCAAGCUCAGGCGAACACUCGCGACGGUUGGCGCGGUCAAGAAUCUCAGGACCAGCCUGGUGCUGGCGCGCGCCGAGUUCGAUUUGGAUAUGGGCGCUGGCUCGGUGGUCGAGGUCAUCAAACAUCUCGAGCGAACGACCGAGUUCAAGUGCGAGAAGAUAACCAGCCAGGGCGCCAGCAUCGACGUCCUCGCCCCCGGCAACACUGCGGCCUUCAUCAGCCAGCCCUGGCCAGAGGGCGUCACGGACAUUCGCGCAGUGGACAAGACGACCGUCCAUGUCGAGUUUGACGCAGAGGUCGUUGGAGCUCGCGAUCUGGUCGAUAAGGGUUGGGACACGCCCGUGGAGCUGGCGCAGCUUCGCGCCGAUCCGACCUUGGAGGCCGGCAGCAAGCAUGUACGCAACAUGGGGCUCAUCACUCUGCUUUCGAUCGCCUUGACCAUUCCGGUCCUCGUCAUGGCCUGGGCCCCUCUCCCCGAGAGGGAGCUGGCCUACGGUUCCGCAUCCCUGGCACUGGCGACUAUCGUACAGGUGGUCGUCGCAGGACCGUUCUACCCCAAAGCCUUGAAGAGCUUGAUCUUCUCGAGAGUCAUCGAGAUGGACCUGCUCAUUGUCCUGAGCACGAGUGCCGCGUACAUCUUUUCCGUCGUAUCAUUCGGCUUCCUCGUCUCCCACAAGCCUCUUUCGACGGGCGAAUUCUUCGAGACUAGCACGCUGCUUGUCACACUCAUCAUGGUCGGGCGAUAUGUUAGCGCCCUGGCGCGCCAGAAGGCCGUGGAAUCCAUCUCCAUCCGAUCGCUGCAGGCUUCUACGGCGUUGGUUGUUGACCGCUCAGGCGAGGAGAAGGAGAUCGACGCGCGACUUCUCCAAUACGGGGACGUCUUCAAAGUCGUACCAGAGUCCAGAGUCCCGACCGACGGGACGGUGAUCUCGGGCUCCUCUGAGCUUGACGAGUCCAUGAUGACGGGAGAAUCGAAGCCGGUCGAGAAAUACGUCGGAUCUUCACUGAUUGCCGGAUCCAUCAACGGCUCAGGGACCCUCAACGUCCGUCUGACCCGUCUCCCGGGCGACAACACCAUCAGCAACAUCGCCGGCAUGGUUGACGAGGCCAAGCUCUCCAAGCCCAAGAUCCAGGAUAUCGCCGAUCGGGUGGCGUCGUACUUUGUCCCGGUGGUGGUAGGCAUAACAAUCAUCACGUUCUCGAUCUGGAUCGCCGUCGGCAUUGCUGUUCGCAAGCAAUCCGGCUCCGAGGCCACGAUCCAGGCCGUCACGUACGCCAUCACGGUCCUCAUCGUGUCUUGCCCAUGCGCCAUCGGGCUCGCGGUACCGAUGGUCAUUGUUAUUGCCAGCGGCGUUGCUGCGGAGAGAGGCGUCAUCUUCAAGUCCGCCGACAGCAUCGAGGUUGCCUACAAAACGUCACAUGUGGUGUUUGACAAGACCGGGACCAUCACGAACGGCAAAUUGACGAUUGCUCAGGAAGACUAUGUUGCGGAUGAUGUCACAUCAACCAAGGGCUUGAUUCUAGGUCUCGUUGGCAGCAUCAAGCAUCCCGUUUCUGCCGCUGUCGCUGCCCAUCUCAAGGCCCAAGGCAUUUCCCCCUCCACCGUGUCGGACCCCAAGGCACUGACUGGCAAAGGCGUCGAGGCAACUGUUUCUGGGCGGAAACUCCGAGCGGGUAAUUCGCGAUGGCUCGGCUUCUCCACGGAUCCUAGAGUCGAGCCGAUCCUCACAAAGGGUUACACCGUUUUCUGCUUCACCAUCGAUGGCUCACUCGCCGCCGUGUUCGGUCUGGAAGACUCCAUCCGACCCGAUGCCCUCGAGACCAUCGCGACGCUGCAAAAGUCCGGGAUUGCGGUCCAUGUGCUCUCUGGAGACGACGACGGCGCCGUUCGAGGAGUAGCCACUCAGCUGGGGAUUCCCGACGGCCACGUCCGCUCCCGCUGCACGCCCGCAGACAAACAAGCUUACAUCCAGACGCUGAUGGCUCGGCGGCCGCACACGACAACCGAAACCCGCCGCGGUCCGCGGAAGAGUCUGAAGGAGCCAGUUGUCAUAUUCUGUGGCGACGGUACUAACGACGCGGUCGCGCUGGCCCAGGCCACGAUCGGCGUGCACAUGAACGAGGGUACCGAUGUCGCAAAGUCGGCCGCCGACGUGGUGCUCAUGCGGCCCAGCCUGGCCGGCAUACUCACCGCCAUCGCCAUCAGCAGGAAGGCCAUCCACAGGAUCGCCUUCAACUUCGGCUGGAGCUUCGCUUACAACCUAGUGGCCAUCCUCCUCGGGGCCGGCGCGUUUGUCCACGCGAGGAUCCCGCCCGAGUUUGCCGGGCUGGGUGAGUUGGCAAGCGUGCUGCCAGUCAUCGCGGCUGCAGUUCUCCUGCGUUGGAGCAAGGUUUAA